AUGUUCGCCCCUUUCAAGUUUGCGGUCUUGAUGACCGUCUGCUUCCUCGCGACCCUGACUCUGGCUUCCGAAACCGUUGGUGCCGUUGGAACCGUGCAUGACGAUGAGUCCUUCAUUGCCAUUCCUCUUGCUAUGCAUGAGCACGAUCCCCGCGACGUGACCAUCAUUAAGACUAUCUGUGAGACUUCGACCUCGGUGAUCUCCACUACUGGUCCCGCGAACCCACCCGCGACGGGCACCACCGAACUCCCUCCUGCCAACCCCACUAGUCAGGCCUCGAGUCACUCGGAAUCCCAGAGUGCUCCUCCCGCUCCCACUACUGUGCCUGGCACUGUGGUGCAGCCUCCUGUGACUUCGAAGCCCGAGGGAGUCUCUCCUACCUCGGUGCCUGGCACUACUGGACAGACUUCUGCGCAGCCGCCCGUGACUUCGACGACCGAGGCAGCUCCCAGCCCAACCUCAAACACCAAGGAGACUUCCAGUCUACCGAGCACCAGUGCCUCGCACUCGGCUUCCCCUGUCUCCUCUAGUGCGCAGGAUAUCACCCACUCAGCUACCACUCUGACCACCGCUUCUGGUACGGGUACUUCGGCCGCCAGUGGCACUCAUACCACCGCGCCCCCUUCGAGCGAGGCUGCCGGUAAUGGUGGCAUGCGUGCUGCUCUUCUGGCCUUCGCGGCAACUUUCCUUAUCUUCUUCAGUAUCUAAGGGGUUCUUCCAACGUUCUAGUGCUAGUUCAUCAGUGGCUCAUGCACUGGGGGACUCGGGCACGGACACUCCGUGUGACUGAGCCUGUCCCCCUUGCUGUCGGACACCUGGUGCUUCUAUUUUCUCUUUAUUUGUCUCAUGUCGGGAUGCAAGGCGUAACGUGUGCCGCUCCCAGAAUUAUUUC